CUGCCUCUCAUCUCUAUAAUACCUCGCCCCUACAAUCUCUCUCGCCUGCACUUAUUCCCAAAUUGUUUUCUCCAUCUCUGAUAGCCCAGAAGAUAUGGCAUCAAAGAAAAGGUUAGGAUUGAAGCUUCCAAUCCCUGCACAACAGCAAAGAGCCCCUCUGCCUCUUCCUCUGCCUCUGCCUCUGCCUCUUCCAGAGCCGCCGAAGGCAUCUUCAAGACAGGGCAUAGAGAAGCUCUGUGAUUUGGAAAGAGUGGGAAAGCUUGGGCAUGGUAGUGCAGGCAUAGUGUACAAGGUCCUCCACCCCAAAUCCUCCACUUACUAUGCCCUAAAAGUUAUCCGCCUGGACCAUGAGCCCUCCCUCACAUCCCACAUCACCAGGGAGAUGGACAUCCUUAGGAAAAUCAAUCAUCCAUACAUUGUUAAAAGUGAGGGUGUGUUUCACCAGGGGGGGAACAUGAAUUUUGUGCUGGAAUACAUGGAUGGAGGCUCCCUUGCCGAGCUUUUAAAGCACAGGAAAAGGAUUAAUGAGUCCUGCCUGGCUAAGGUUGCUCGGCAAGUACUGGAGGGAUUGAAAUACCUUCACAGUGAACGGAUUGUUCACAGAGACAUCAAGCCCGCCAAUCUCUUGAUUAGCAAGAAUUACCAGCGAAUUAAAAUUGCAGACUUUGGGGUUAGCAGGAUUGUAUCACACACCAUAGAUUCCUGCUGCAAUUCCUAUGUGGGCACCUGUGCUUACAUGAGCCCCGAGAGAUUCGAUCCGCAGAGCUAUGGUGGGAAAUAUAAUGGGUAUGCAGGGGAUAUCUGGAGUUUGGGAUUGACACUGUUGGAAUCCUAUUUGGGUCAUUUUCCCUUUGUAGCAGCCGGAGAACAGGCAGAUUGGCCUGCACUCAUGUGUGCCAUAUGUUUUGGGGAGCCGCCAUCUGCUCCCGCCAGUUCAUCUGCGGAGUUCCAGAGUUUUAUCAGAUGUUGUCUUGAAAAGGACGCAGGCAAGAGAUGGACGGCCUCUCAGCUUCUGAACCAUCCAUUCCUCAACAGAAGUUCACAAUUUCAGCAGCCCUUCAAUCCUACAGUGUCCUUACAGUCCCUCAACAUCUCACAGAAUGUGUAAAUUCUGUAUAGAUUUCAGGUAAAGUGGAUUGAUUGAGCUUUAACCCACCGUUGCAUUCCUCACCACAAAAAGGGUAAAGCUCAAAAAUGGUGAAAACAGAAAGCUGCAACAGGAAUCUUGUCUGCUGAGAAGUUAGAAAAAAGAGGGGUUAACCGUGCAAGUGAUCCGGCAGAAGCUAUCCUGCACACCCUCUCUCGGUGUGGUAGGUUAGGGCGGGCCCUACCCCUUCCGUUCAUCACGGAAUUAGAGGGGGCGGCGAAGACUCUUAGUCAAGUCAAUAUUUUGCAAUUCAUUGUUAUUUUUAAAAUGUAAAACCAUAUUUUACUUAAAGUAUAUUAUUUUGCACAUA